GGUGAUCACGUUGCCUCGGUGAUUCAUUUUGCAGAAACUCCGUUGACCUUGGCCACGACCCUGAAGAAGCCGUCGAAGGUGAUAAUAGCGCUGGUGAACGGCGGCGCGUUGCUGGACUAUCGAACGAAGGAGGGCCUGACGGCGAUGCACCGCGCGGUCGAGCGAAACAGCUUGGAGGCGGUGAAGACGUUGCUGGAGCUCGGCGCCAGCCCCAAUUACAAGGACACCAAAGGACUGACGCCCCUCUACUACAGCGUUAUAUACAAGACCGAUCCGAUGCUGUGCGAGACGCUGCUGCACGACCACGCGACCAUCGGCGCGCAGGAUUUGCAGGGGUGGCAGGAAGUGCAUCAGGCCUGCCGCAACAACCUGGUCCAACACCUGGAUCACUUGCUUUUUUACGGGGCGGACAUGAACGCGCGUAACGCGUCCGGUAAUACGCCGUUGCACGUUUGCGCAGUGAACAACACGGACUCCUCUUGCAUACGCCAGUUGCUGUUCAGAGGCGCGCAGAAGGACAGCCUGAACUACGCGAACCAAACGCCGUACCAGGUCGCCGUGAUCGCCGGGAACAUGGAGCUGGCCGAGGUCAUUAAGAAUUAUCAGCCGGAGGAAGUUGUACCGUUUAAAGGGCCGCCACGCUACAACCCGAAACGACGCUCGGUGGCCUUCGGCGGCGCGUCGACGAUGACCACGAGCUGCUCGGCCAGUAACUUGGGCACCUUGACCAGGAUACCCUCCGCGGAACAACAGCACGCAUCCGUACCGUCCGCCGAGCAAUACGCGACCGGCAACCUCACCAGAGUACCGUCCACCGAGCAACAGUAUCCAUCCACUGGCACCCUGAACCGAGUACCGUCCGCGGAACAAUACGCCGGCGCUAUCGCGACCGCGACUGCUACCACCGCCGCCGCAACCACCACCACCACCGUGAGUACCAGGGUGUCACACACCGCAGGGGAGCAAUAUUCCGGAGCUGGCACGCUCACCAGAGUACCGUCCACCGAGCAAUAUCCGACCGGCACGCUCGCCAGAGUACCGUCCGCCGAGCAGUACGCGAACAAUAUCGCGAGGACGGCCGCGGAGCCCGGCCAUCACGCCGCCCUCGCCAGAGUACCGUCCAUCGAAGCAACCAGAAACACCGAGCUACAGAGAAUACCGUCCGAGCAACAGCAGCAGCAGCAUGUCGCCGCCAGAUCCGCCGAGCAGAACGGCCUACUUCGGAUUACCUCGGACUACCAGAGCCCGAAUUCGCUGAGGGAUCCAAACGCGAGAUUACCGACCACCGCGGAGAACUAUCAGAACGUAAGAAUGGAGGGUCUGACGAGGCUGCAAGAGCACCGGCUGGAGCUGCAACACCGUCUCGACAUGCACCGAACGAUGGAGAUGCCACCGUCGCCGUCGCCGAGCAGCAGGAGCCUAGCUCCUUUCAGCUCGGCUAGCUCGAGCUUAUCCGAAGGCAGCAAUCAACCGUCCGGCGAAGAUUCCGCCAGCAUCGUCACAGACAAGAGUCUCGGCGAUACAGCCUCCGACGUGAUUAGCGACAGUUCCGGGGUCGGGACCUCGCAAUCGGACACUACCAAUUCACUCUCGAUCCCGGGCACCACGGUCGUCUGCGUCGAGAGCUACAACAGCGGGAUUCUAGGCCAUCUGAAUAUCAAUCAAGGAGAUAUCUUGGAAGUCACCGGGGCGACCGACUGCGGUCUUCUCGAAGGAGUGCUUCGAGGACAAGGCACGGGCCUGUUUCCGGCGCACUGCGUGCAAGAGGUGAGACUUCGUCACACGAACAUCCCGCUGGGUCCUCAGCCUGCCAGGGAUGGCCGGAACAGAGUACUGGGUCGUAGAGAAUCGCAGCAUAAGUAUUUCGCUACUGCUCCCAGACUGAAGAAACCAGUUACGUCCGAACCUCGCACCGUGGUACUGCACCGCUCGAGAAAGGGUUUCGGGUUCGUGUUGCGUGGCGCCAAGGCAACCUCGCCUCUGAUGGAGCUGACGCCGUCGGCCAGGUAUCCCGCCUUGCAGUACCUGGACGACGUCGAUCAAGGAGGCGUGGCCGACCUAGCUGGCCUCCGAAAAGGAGACUACCUUAUCCAAAUCAACGGCGAGGAUGUGACAACGGCGUCGCACGAGCACGUGGUCGACUUGAUCCGAAAGUCCGGGGAACUGGUGAGAAUGACGGUGGUAUCGCCGGUGAUCAGCCUUCCGAAUUCGCAAUCGGCAGCCCUUCUGCCAACUAGUCAACCCAUUCAGAGGCAGUACGCGACCCUUCCGCGCAAGGGCAACAACAACGUGGUGAUCGGCGGCACGCUCGGCAGAUCACCGGCACCCAUGCCACCGCGAAGAGACCCGAAGACCACUCUGAGCGUUGGCCGGGCGCGAGCAAGAUCGAUGGUCGCAGGAUUA